UCCAUUUCCUGUCCCACACGCUUCUUUUCCCGGGUGAGAAACUGCCCUUUGUGUGUUUCUCGGUCCUCGGAGGAAUGGAGGGGCUUUGAGAGGAACCCGAGGAGUUUGAAAUGCAAAGACGGAAAGCGGUACAAGCAGGAACAAAAAUGUCCGGGACUCAUGCAUUCCUGCCUGGAGCUGCUUCAGCACAAAACAAGCAAGAACUGUAUGAAGAGCUACGAGCCCAGAAAGACUCAAACCCAGUUCUUUCUCCUUAUUCAGUGUGGAGGCCAUCGCGGUUAUUGGAGCCUGUCCCGAAGGAAGAGAUGAAGGAGUUUAAGUCUCCUUAUCAAGCUGUGAAGGACCCCAGUCAGUUGGCCAGAGAAGGAAUGAGGACACAUACUUUGCCUGGCCUUGGUGCGAAAACCCGAGAAGCCUCUGAGAGUUCAGGACAUUUCGGAAGACCAAAGGGACAGAUCCCAACAGAGGAGGAUGCUCACUCCUUGGAGAUCAAGCGUCAGCACUUCCGGCAUUUCUGCUACCAGGAGAUUGAGGGGCCCCGAGCGGUUUUGAGUGAGCUCCAGGAACUUUGCCACCAGUGGCUGGUUCCAGAGAGACACACCAAAGAGCAGAUUGUGGACCUGGUGAUCCUGGAGCAGUUUCUGACCAUCCUGCCUCUGGAGAUGCAGAUCUGGGUCUGCAAAAGCGGUCCGGCCACCUGCGCCCAGGCCCUGGCCUUGGCCGAGAGCUUCCUCCUGAGGCUGCAGGAGUCUGAGAACUGUGAACAAAAGGGGACUGGAUUAGUGGAGGAGGCAUUUGUUCAUUCUCCGACCUCAGAGCAAGAGAUGUCGGACGCUGUGGAAAUCUGCAUCUCUGCAGAGGAAGAGGAGGAAGCCAUCUUGAUGGGCGCUCCUGCCGCUCCUGUGCCAGAGGCUGGGACCAGUCAGUUGGAGACACCCGUCCUGGGAGCAGCACCACUCAGGAGCGCGACCAAAUCCCCAACGAUCGUUCGGGUGCGAGUUCCGGAGGUUGCUGUGCCGGAGCAGGACGCAGCGUCGCAGUCCAAAGCUGCAGCCCCGCGGCGGAAGAUUCCCUGGUCCGGCUUUGAGCAAGCCUUCACCUACGUGCGCCAGAAGGGGAAAAACCUGAUCGUGCAAUGCAAUUACUGUCUGCCAGCGAUCAAAAACGUGAGCUCGGCAAUCACCUCCUCCUCCAACCUGAAGAAGCACUUGGAGAGGGCGCACCCUGAAAAACUCAGACUGAUUGAGAGCGCCAAAAGGGGACGGAGGCGAGGUUAUUCCGAAGAACUGAAGAUGGACGACAAUUCUCCCGCUCUCAAAAUCCCGAAGCAGCUGCAGCAACAGCAGACGGCCGUCGAAAGGUGGGGGUGCGGCAAGGAGAGCGUCACCCAAAGGAUACUCGACAAGAAAAUAAUAGAUUUCAUCGUGGAAGAGACCCUGCCGCUCCAGAUCGUGGACAAGCCCUCUUUUGUCCGCUUGGUCCUCCUUGGCCUUCCGAAAGACCUCACCAUCAUGUGCGCCAAGACCCUGAAGGACAGGAUCGAGAAAAGAGCAGCCAGCAUGAGAGACACGCUCGCCAACCGGAUGGGGGCUGUGGAGUACGUGGCGACCACGGUGGAUUGCUGGCUGGACGGCAAGAGGAGCUUCUUAGGGGUGACGGCCCACUGGAUCAGCCCGACGACCCUGAAGCGGGAGUUUGCCGCCCUCGCGUGCAAGCGCGUGAAGGGGAGCCUCAGCCAGCACGCCCUCGCCAAGGCCUUGCGUGACAUCCACAUGCAGUACCGGGUGCACAACAAGGUGGUGUGCGCCACCACGGACAGCGGGUCCAACUUUGUGAAGGCGUUGCGGGUGUUUAGAGGCAAGGAACCGGGAGACGCGGCAGACGGAAGUGCAGACGAUGAGGAGGAUGGCGGCAGCGGCAGCAGCAAUGACCGGGAAGAAGCUGAGGUGGAGUUUGUGCCUAUCUCUGAGCGGUUACACACGGGGAUUAAGGCGGAGAAAGAAGCCACUGAGGAUUUUGGCCUGCCGGCCCACCAGCGGUGUGUCAGCCACACCCUUCACCUGGUGGCGACGCAAGACCUGGAGGCCCUGAUUUCCGACUCCUCUGAAAACAGCCCUUUGGGUCCUUUCAGGAAGCAUUUUUCUUCCUUGAUGGGGAAAUGCAGGAAGCUCUGGUCCAAGCAGACCCAGUCGGCCCAGAUUGUCCAGUAUAUCCACCAGCAGUGCGGCGUCUGCCUCAAGCUGCCCAACAAGGCGAGCUGGAACUCCACCUUUGAGGCCUUGAAGCAACUCAACGAGCUCCUGUCGACGGUCCCGCUCAAGAUGGACGCCGUCAUGGACCAGUGCUCCUUGGCUCGGAUCACGCCGGCGGAGAGCCUGGUGGUGGCGGAGUACACGGAGAUCAUGGGGCCGCUGGCUCAGUCCCUCGACAUCUUGCAGAGGGAGAACGGGAUGUUCAUGGGGUACCUGCUGCCGACGCUGUACAACCUGGACCGCAAGCUGCAGGGGCUGGAGAAUAAGCCCGUCCGGUACACGUACUGUUUCCCGCUCCUGAGGGGCCUGCGGGAAGCCCUGCAGAGGCGCUUUGCGCCCAUCUGGGAGGACAGGAAGCUUCUCCUGGCCGCCUGCCUGCACCCCCGCUUUAAAGUGGACUGGCUGGAAUCUGCCCAGACAGCCCAGACAAACAGGUACAUGAUGGAAGCGCUGGUGAAGGCCGAAAUCAGGGGCACCGUCGGAGAGGACAGUGAAGGGUCUUCAGAGAAAGACCAGGAAGGAGACAGCCUGGAGGACGAUUUUUUCAACAUCCGGCCCCGGGGCCGGAAGUCAGCAGUGGACAUUGCCGACGAGGAAGUCUCGGACUACCUGAGGUGUCCCAGCAGAGAAGUCUCGUCGCUCCACGCCUUUCCGCGCGUCAUGCAGACUUUCCUGAAGUACAACACGGGGUUGCCGUCGAGCGCCGCCGUGCAUCGCCUCUUCGGGACCGAGAGCAGCGCCGUGACGGUCAACGGGUUCUCCAUGUGCGACAAGCUGUUUGAACAGCUGGUUCUCCUGAAGCAGAACAAGGCCGUGUUCUGAAGUCGGCUUUUGAAGUGUUAACCAUGUAGGGGGUCUCUGAGGAUUAAACAUAUUUCUGUGCAUUCUUCUUUGGUAUCAUUGCUACAGCGGUAGGGUCUGGGCAGACUGUAAUAGCCAUUUUCUUAUUGUGGCAUUCUGUUAUUAAUCCUAUGGAUAAACUUCUUAUUCUAUAUCUUGUGUGUUUCUGUUUAUUUCUAAGGCUGCCGGAGACUACUUUAGGGGUAUUUCAUAUUACAGUCCCAUAUCUUGUAGUGUUCAGCUGGCUUUUUUUUAAAAUAACUUUUAGCUAUUGUUGAAUAACAAGAAAUAAAGGGUGACUUUUUAACAUUUUAACUAUAACUGUCACCAAAUAUAGUUUCGAAGGGGAGCCUAGAACUAUAACUAAUUAAUUGUUACCAGUAGUUAUUCAGCCUCCUGAUUAGAACUUGGCAAAAGAGAUGUAAAAUUUUGAAUCCUGGAAAUUUUCUUUGGACUGGCAGAACUACACGGAGUUCCUGGGCAUUGCAAAGAAACAUCCAUUUUAAAAUAAAGUUGAUUUGAGAG